AUGAUGAGACAGGCAACCAUGGAUUUCAGCACUCCAUCUGUGUUUGAUCAGCAAAAAGGUGACUCAUCUGAGGAAGUCAACCUGACCAUGGUUUAUCAGGCAGCUUCUAACGGAGAUGUCAAUGCUCUGACUUCAGUAAUUCGGGAAGACCCUUCCAUCCUAGAAUGCUGUGACAGUGAAGGAUGUACACCCUUGAUGCAUGCAGUUUCUGGACGUCAAGUGGACACAGUGAAGCUAUUGUUGAAGAUGGGGGCCAAUAUUAACAUGCAGGAUGCUUAUGGUCGCACAAGUCUAUGCCUGGCAACCUAUCUGGGUUGGCUGGAAGGCUGUGUGAGUCUGCUUAGAAAUGGUGCCAAGCACAAUAUCCCAGAUAAAAAUGGCCGUCUGCCACUGCACGCUGCCACUGCUGAGCCUGAUGUGAGGCUCCUAACAGUCUUGGUGCAACAGUCAAAUCUCAGCGAGAUUAAUCACCAGGACAAUGAGGGAAUGACACCACUCCACUGGGCAGCUUUCCACAACCGGCCUCAACACACUCAAAUGCUGCUGAAGAAGGGAGCAGACCCUACUCUUGUGGAUAAAGACUUUAAAACAGCUCUCCACUGGGCAGUCCAGAGUGGAAACAGAACCCUGUGCUCCAUCAUCCUGAGCCACCACCAGGGUCCGUCCAUCAUCAACUACGACGACGAGAGUGGGAAGACAUGCGCGCACAUUGCCGCAGCCGCGGGCUUCAGUGACAUCAUUAAUGAGCUGGCCAGAGUGCCUGAGUGUAACCUGCAGGCUCUGGAUGUGGACGACAGGACCCCGCUGCACUGGGCUGCAGCUGCAGGGAAGGCAGACUGUGUCCAGUCACUGCUGGAGCUGGGCAUGGACAGCAACCUGCGAGACACCAAGGAGAGCACGCCCCUGGCCUACGCCCUGUACUGCGGCCACGCGGCCUGCAUCAGACUCCUCUCCCAGGAGAGCAGAACAGAGCCUACUCGACCCCUUCCUUCCCAGAACAGUAGACCCCAGAAGAAGGAGGGACGAUUUAGCAUGCUCAACCAAAUCUUCUGCAAAAACAAAAAAGAAGAGCAGAGGGCCUAUCACAAGGAUCACAGCAGGGACCGACACAGGGGGGAGCACACCUCGGAAGUCGAUGACAUCAUCACCACCUUUGACAGCAUCGUGGAGACCAACUGCCAAGACGAGCCUGGUGAUCAGGUGGCUAUGAUCGACUUUAAGAAGAGAACCUUGGAGAAUUCAAAAUAUCUCUUGCCAGAAAAGAAGCCUCUGGCCCAUAAGGGGCUUCCACCAAUCAGAACGCAGAGUCUCCCUCCCAUCACCCUGGGCAAUAAGUUUCUGGUGGCUUCCCAGGGGGCCACUUCCCAAGCUGGCCUGAGCUCCGGUACUCAUCAGAUGGCCCAGCGAUCUCAGAAAAGCCGAAGCGAGCAGGACUUACUGCACAACAGAACUGGCUGCCAGACAUUGCUAGAUAACCCCUGGAGAGGUGAUUCUAACCAGGUGUUCUGUAAGGCUUGGACUGUGUCUUCUUCUGAUAAGCUGCUAGACAGAUUGCUCACCAGCAGGUCUGGUCAGCAGGAGGUCUUGGGGCUGCCCCAUCUUCCUCACCUACACAAUCCUUCAUCAGGACAAAAUUUUCAGCAUUUCUCCCCAAACAGAGCCCAGAUCAGGGACCUUCCUAUCACUCGGAACAACCUAGCUCCCCUGCCAGACCAAAAAUUUCUAUCUGGAGGACCUCUACGGACCAACCGAGUGCUUCCUGCUAUUCCAAGCCAACGGGGACACAACACAGCAGCCGAAGACAGUGAAAGCCUGGCCAAUCCCGCCACUGACGAAAAUUAA